CAUGAUUCGGAAAGGAUCCGUCCGUACUGGAGUCAACUUGCACAGCGCAACGGAUCCGGAACGGAUAAUUGCAGAUCCGAACCGGACCCGUUCCAGACCUUACCCGUAUCCGCUAAUGAAGCUGUUCAUCCGGUCCGCGUCCGAUCCGGACCCGCCGAUGGAGUAGCUCAUCCGGCCCGGAUUCGAUCUGGACCCGGACCCAUUAAAACUACUUAAACUCUGUAGGGGUACAGGAAGUGUUGCCUAGUGACGGGGCGCGUUUUGGAGCCAGCGAAAACAUGGAGAAGUAUGAGAAGAUUAAAGUGGUCGGCAGAGGAGCUUUCGGGAUCGUGCACCUCUGUCGCAGACGGACUGAUAGUGCGCUGGUCAUCUUGAAGGAGAUUCCCGUUGAGCAGAUGACCCGUGAUGAACGUCUCGCAGCUCAGAAUGAAUGCCAAGUCCUCAAGCUUCUCAGCCACCCCAACAUUAUUGAGUACUAUGAAAACUUCCUGGAGGACAAGGCACUAAUGAUCGCAAUGGAGUACGCCCCAGGUGGAACUCUGGCUGAUUACAUACAGAAGCGCUGCAACUCCCUGUUAGAUGAGGACACUAUUUUACAUUUCUUUGUUCAGAUCUUACUGGCCCUUUAUCAUGUACACAACAAACUCAUCCUACAUCGAGACCUAAAAACCCAGAACAUCCUCUUGGACAAGCACCAGAUGAUCGUCAAAAUAGGAGACUUCGGGAUUUCCAAGAUCCUCGUCAGCAAAAGCAAAGCUUAUACUGUUGUUGGGACGCCAUGUUAUAUCUCUCCGGAACUGUGUGAAGGAAAGCCAUACAACCAGAAGAGCGACAUUUGGGCCCUCGGCUGUGUGCUUUAUGAGCUUGCUAGUCUCAAAAGAGCGUUUGAAGCAGCAAACCUGCCAGCCUUGGUGCUGAAGAUCAUGAGCGGCACAUUUGCCCCUAUUUCAGAUCGUUACAGUCCAGAGUUGAGACAGCUGAUUCUCAACAUGCUGAAUCUGGAUCCGUCCAAAAGACCCCAGCUCAAUGAGAUAAUGGCUCAUCCCAUCUGCAUCAGGCCUCUGCUCAAUCUCUACACUGACAUAGGCAACGUCAAAAUGCGCAGAAUAGAAAAGCCACUUUCUAAUGUACAAACAGGCCCUCAUGGGAGACCUGGUGGUUGGAUAACCAGUACCAGAACCAGAGGAGGCUUGUCCAGUCUGACGUCCUCAAAGAUGAUGCACCCGCUGCCUUUAUCCUCAGUCUACACCUGGGGCAGUGGCAUUUCAACUCCCCUCCGUCUGCCCAUGUUAAACACUGAGGUCAUUCAAGUAUCUCUGGGACGCACACAGAAGAUGGGAGUCACCAAAUCAGGGAGGCUCAUCACAUGGGAGGCGCCCUCGGUUGGAUCCGGUGAGCCAACUCUGCCCGGCGCCGUUGAGCAGAUGCAGCCCCAGUUCAUCUCCCGCUUCCUAGAGGGCCAGUCUGGAGUCACCAUCAAAUCUGUGUCCUGUGGAGACCUCUUCACCACCUGCCUAACAGACAGAGGUAUAAUCAUGACGUUUGGAAGUGGAAGCAAUGGUUGUCUUGGUCAUGGGAACUUUAAUGAUGUGACACAGCCCAAGAUAGUGGAGGCUCUGCUGGGUUAUGAGCUGGUUCAAGUAUCUUGUGGUGCAUCCCACGUCCUGGCAGUGACCAAUGAGCGCGAGGUUUUCUCCUGGGGCCGAGGAGACAACGGCCGGCUCGGUUUGGCCACUCAGGAUAGCCACAACUGCCCACAGCAGGUGAGCCUGCCAGCAGAUUUCGAAGCCCAGCGCGUGUUGUGUGGCGUCGACUGUUCCAUGAUCAUGAGCACACAGCACCAGAUCCUGGCCUGUGGGAACAACAGAUUUAACAAGCUGGGUUUGGAUAAGGUCUCAGGGACAGAGGAACCCUCGUCUUUCUGUCAGGUGGAGGAGGUUCAUCUGUUUCAGCUCGUCCAGUCGGCUCCUCUGAACACAGAGAAGAUCGUGUAUAUAGACAUCGGCACAGCACACUCUGUCGCAGUCACAGAAAAAGGACAGUGUUUCACCUUUGGCAGCAACCAGCAUGGACAGCUUGGCUGCAGUCACCGCAGAAGCAGUCGAGUGCCGUAUCAGGUGUCGGGCCUGCAGGGCAUCACGAUGGCUGCGUGUGGAGAUGCCUUCACUCUGGCUAUUGGAGCAGACGGUGAAGUGUACACCUGGGGUAAAGGAGCGCGCGGUCGACUCGGGAGGAAAGAGGAGGAUUCUGGGAUACCGAAAUCAGUGCAGCUCGACGAGAGCCAUGCUUUCACUGUCACCUCAGUGGCUUGUUGCCAUGGAAACACACUGCUGGCUGUGAAACCAUUUUUUGAAGAGCCUGGACAAAAGUGACCUGACUCUGCCUCUGUCCAGAUGAACAUCACAGCCUGCAGGAGACUUCGCUCGACUUUGGUUUAUCAGGAAACCAUAAUGGGUUAUGGAUAGUUCACAGUCAUCAUUUACUCACACUUGACUUGUUCCAAACCUGUUUGAGUUUCUUUCUUCUGUUAAACACAAAGGAAGAUAUUCUGAAGAAUG